CUUCCUCGCACUGUAACGAGAAAUCAAAAGGAACGAGGGAAAACGAAAGAAAUGAAGCUUUUGGGUGUACUUCGACAUUGCAGCAAUUUAUCGAGAAGCAAAGCCGUAAUGUGUGCGACUGGUGGAGUUCAGAGGGAGUUAAUAGGGUUCGAGCGAGGAUUCUCUUCCUACUCGGAGGAUUCUGAGAUGGAGGAAUUCUUAGAUUACUUGGACAGGCUGAAAAAUUACGAGAAAGCCGGGGUGCCCAAAGGUGCGGGAACGGAUUCAAGUGAUGGAUUUGAUCUUGGGAGAAUGAAUCGCUUGAUGGAACGGCUCGGGAACCCUCAUUCUAGUUUCAAGGCCGUACAUAUCGCUGGGACUAAGGGAAAAGGAUCAACUGCGGCCUUCCUCUCCAAUAUUUUACGGGAAGGAGGGUAUUCUGUUGGUUGCUAUACUAGUCCGCAUCUUUGGACUAUCAGGGAACGGAUGUCAUUGGGCAGAGAAGGAGAUCUGGUGCCAGCAAAGAAGUUGAAUGAUCUUUUUCAUCGCAUUAAGCACAUUUUUGAUCAGUCAAUAGAACUUGAAAAUGGAUCUAUCAGUCAUUUUGAGGUUCUUACAGCUAUGGCAUUUGCCCUAUUUGCUCAAGAGAAAGUUGAUAUUGCAGUUGUGGAGGCUGGUUUGGGUGGAGCACGAGAUGCAACAAAUGUCUUCAGUAGCUUGGGACUUGCCACAUCAGUGAUAACAACAAUAGGUGAGGAACACUUGGCUGCACUUGGGGGCUCGAUAGAAAGUAUUGCAAUCGCAAAGUCGGGAAUCAUUAAACAUGGGCGCCCACUGGUUUUGGGUGGGCCAUUUAUUCCUUAUAUUGAGCGUAUUCUUCGGGAUAAAGCAUCCUCAAUGAGUUCUCCUGUUGUAUCGGCAUCUGAUGCUGGAAAUAGAAGCACAAUGGGGGGCAUUGGAAGAGACAAAGGAAAACCUUACCAGCUAUGUGACAUUGUCAUUCAUAUUAAGAAGGACCUGCAGUUGUUUGUUGAAUUAUUUGAUGUCAAACUGUGCAUGUUGGGGCAUCACCAGCUUCAAAAUGCUGUAACUGCCACUUGUACUGCACUUUGUCUACGUGGUCAAGGAUGGAAUCUGUCUGAUGAAUCGAUUCAUGCUGGCUUAGAGCGUACAUAUUUGCUAGGGAGAAGCCAAUUUCUGACAUCUGAAGAAUCAGAAGCAGUUGGAUUACCUGGGCUAACAAUACUACUUGAUGGAGCCCACACCAAAGAAUCUGCUAAAACUUUAGCCGACACAAUUCAUAUGACACAUCCACAUGCACCACUGGCUCUUGUGGUAGCAAUGGCAAGUGACAAAGACCACCUGGCUUUUGCAAGAGAACUUCUUUCAGCUAUACAACCCGAAGUUGUUGUUACAACUGAGGUAACCAUUGCUGGGGCUGGAUCCCGAACGACAUCUGCUUCCUUGUUAAAAGGUGCUUGGAUUCAGGCUUCCAUGGAAUUGGGUACUGGCUUUGUGGACAUUGGAAGCGGAGACUACGGAAAGUAUCUUGAAGAUCAAACAGAUUGCUCUGUAAGGUCAUUGAAACAUGAACCUGUAUUGGCUGUUGUUAAUUCAGUGGAGGAUUCCAUGAAAACAGCAAAUAUGAUUCUGGGAAUGAGAGCAGGGAAUCAAUCAGGUGUCAUUGUAGUUACAGGCUCUUUGCAUGCUGUAUCGUCGAUAUUAUCGUCUCUUCACAGGUAAAUUGUGUUGUAUUUAUUAUUA